AUGGAAAAUCAUGAUUAUCAAGCUCCGGGACCUAAUGAUUUGAGAUCACCUUGUCCUGCGUUAAAUGCGCUCGCUAAUCACGGAUAUCUACCUCGUGAUGGAAAAAAUAUUACAGCCGGUCAAAUGGUUGCAGCAACUCACAAACAAUUGAAUCUUGGUAAAACCGUAGGGUACUUCUUAGCUUACGGAGCUAUAUUUAAAAUAGGCAAAAUCAAAAUUACCCUUGACGAUUUACAUACUAAUCCAAUAAAUCAUUCAAUGUCAUUAACACGUACCGAUGUCGAGUUAAAUGAAGAUUUUAGAAAAGUUUCACCGGCAUUAAUUGAUUCAUUAAUUUCAGAGAAAGACGAUACUAAUAAAUUAACAAAGUAUAGUUUUGCAAGGCAAUUUAUCAAAAGACGCGAUCAAUCUCUUAAAGACAAUCCCGAAUUUCAUGGACUAUCUCGUUCGCAAAAAAUUCAAGUAUUUGGUGAAUAUUCUUUAACAUUAAAUUGUUUGACCGGAAGUGCAAAUGAAAUGGGUGUGGAAAUUGAUGUAAAUACUUUGAAGGGUUUUUAUCAAUUUGAGAGAUUCCCUGAAAAUUGGAAAAAAUCCGAAAAAACGAUUAGUUUUCGUCAAUUCGCUAAAAUUAUUAAAGAAACUAAGAAAAUCCAAGAAAAUUUAGAAAAAAUUAAAAAGUAA